AGUGUGAGCCGUGUUACAUUCUUCCUCUUCUCUCUGCGACCUUGUUGAUCACACACACAGAGGCGAGCGAUAAUGGCACCCUGCAGCCUUCCACUGCUGGCCCUGGCCUGCCUGUCUCUGUUGGUCACAGCUCAGCCCACCUGGGGGGACCAGGACAUCCCCUCCAUGUUCAGACAGAUCAUGGACACUGUGGCAGAGCUGAAGGCCAAGUCUGACCUAACAGCCAGCGUGCUCGCUAUGAAAGAGAGAUUGGAAUCCAUGGAGAAAGAACUGCAGGCACUGAAAGACAUUCCUAAGGUGGCGUUCGCAGCAUCACUGGGAGGCAAUGGACUCCAAAAGGCAGGAGACUUUAACAAAAAGCUGGUCUACAGAGAGGUCUUGACAAAUGUUGGUGGUGCAUACAACGUAGAGACAGGUGAAUUCACGGCUCCGGUUCGUGGAGUCUACUACAUCCGGUUCACGGCCAACGCUCCUACAGACGUCACCUUGAGCUCCAUGCUGUAUAAGAACGGCGGCAAAGUCAUUCUGGCCGCUCACGAGAGUCCGUCCGGCGAGGGCAGCGACACAGCGUCUAACGGAGCCACUCUGCUGCUGGAGGAGGGAGACCGUCUGCAAAUGAUGCUGUGGGCCAACACCCAGGUCUGGGACAACGCCAACCACCACAGCACCUUCAGCGGCUUUCUCCUCUUCCCCAUGCCACAGCAGCUGAAGCAAUAGGUCUACAUCCCUCCUCUCCCCAUGACACAGCAACCAGAGGUGUACAUACACAGUAGCAUUAUUUUCAACUGUUGUUAAAUCAUUGACUGAAUUAAAAAUAACAUUGAGGUGAAA